AGUUUGCCUCUUUCGGAUGAUGGUUGCUGUCUUCGAAGAAAAUAAAGAUAAAAUUGUAGAACUUGCAAAUUAACUCUGGAAUAUUUCACAUGGAGUGUUUUUGCACCAGGCCGAGAACAAUUUGCUGUAAAAUAUUACUUUUGGAUGGGCAAGAAUUCUUUCAGGAGGUGCAGGAUUCCUGCAAUGGGCAAGUUAUAUUAAACGCCGUUUUCAACCAUAUUAAUUUGAUAGAAACACAUUAUUUUGGUCUUCGAUAUCUGGAUGCAUUCGGCCAGACCCACUGGUUAGAGCCAACGAAAAAAUUGAGGAAGCAACUUAAAGCGUCCGAUCCAUAUACGUUAUAUUUUGGGGUGAAAUUUUACGCAGUUGAUCCCUGUAAACUAUUAGAAGAAAUAACUAGGUACCAAUUUUUCCUUCAAUGUAAGCAAGAUAUACUUCAAGGAAGACUUCCUGUAUCGACUGAUUUGGCUGCAGAAUUAGGAGCUUAUGUUCUGCAAUCCGAAUUGGGGGACUUCGAUCCGAGGGUACAUUUACCAGGAUACGUUUCUGAAUUCAAAUUCGUUUCAAACCAAAGCUUAGAAUUAGAAACAAGGAUAUCUGAACUUCAUAAAGCCUUAAUGGGACAGUUACCGUCUGCAGCUGAAUAUAAUUAUCUCGAUAGAGUAAAAUGGCUGGAAAUGUACGGGGUAGACCUCCAUCCAGUAUUGGGGGAGGACAGCGUGGAAUAUUUCUUAGGCCUUACCCCUAGUGGAAUAAUAGUAUUAAGGAACAAAAUAACAGUAGGAAAUUACUAUUGGCCCAGAAUAACCAAGAUCUACUUCAAGGGUCGCUAUUUCAUGCUCAAAGUAACCGAUAAAAAUAAUGAUGAGAGUACGUAUGGUUUCGAGACACCCUCCAAGUUGGGUUGUAAGCAUCUAUGGAAAUGUUGCGUCGAGCAUCACUCUUUCUUUAGGUUAGUUCAAGUUUAUCAUCCUACAGUACCUGAUAUAUUCGCAUUAGGGUCCAGAUUUAGGUAUGGUGGAAGAACAGAGGAGCAAGGCAUAAAGAGUUCACAAGUGAAAGGAAGAGUACCACCUACCUUUUCCAGAAAACCCUCAAGACGAUUCAGCGAGAAAAAACUGGACGACUUCGCAGACCUAGAAGUAGACGAGGUUCUACAUAUACCAGAUUGUGGAAGUUUGAAACAUAUUUCGAUUCCGCAACCAGUUCAAGGGUACGAUCAGACUUACUCACACCAAAUGAAAGAUGAUAAUAGAAGAACAGAUUCUCCAAGAAGUACAAGAAGUGCACCGUGGUCACAACCCCAUUCGAAAGGAUUGUAUAAUAUAUCGGCACCAGCUAGUCCCAGAUCUAUAAGAUCUGCAGGUCCCAGAUAUAGGUCUUCCUCGGUGGAUAGUCAGAGUUCUGGCGAUUCGAAGACGUACAAAAGAAAGAAGCAUUCGGGUAGAGGUACUUCAGAUAACGAGAGCGAAUUAUCAAAAAGUUCUUGUCGAUCCCACCAUAGGCAUAAAAAACAUCGUUCUAGGAGUAGGAAGGGAUCCAGAGGUGAUGGUGAUGGUUCCUCGAGUAGAAGAAAUAGUAGAUCCAGGCGAAGAGAAAGCUCACAACCGGAGCUUGUAGACUCCAACUACCAGUGGAAAGAGGCUAAGAAGCGAAUCUCUGUUGACGGUAAUGCCAACAACAUUCAGCAGGCCCAUAUAAUCAGUGGUUCAAGAUUGAUAGAUGAGAAAGAUUCCAAAAAAACUCCGAACCCUAAAUAUAAACAUAGACAUCCACAGAGCCGCCAUCAUUCGCCUGGAGAAUCGAAGCACUUCUUGUCGGACGAAGUGAAGAAACAUUUGGAGUUUGAUCUGAUCGACACGACGGGCAUGUCCGAGAAACAGCUCAAGGAAAUUCCGUACACAGUUGUAGAAACGAAUAACAAUUUCAAACAGUCGAAGGGUAAAGUCAAUCAGGCAAGGAUGUUAGAUACAAUGACGAUGUUAGAAUACGCCGACAACAUGGUUCAUCAUAGGAAAAAUAAGCCGAAAAAUAUGUGCUUAUACGAUUCGUCUGGUAAUCUGACAGACAAUUUUGCUAUCAAAAAAGAUCUUUCCGAAAACAUUUUAAAAAGUAGUCAUGAUCAUUCGGACUCAGGUCUUGUAACAGACCAAGAAACGCACAAUAAUGAAAGGCUGUUGUCAAGAAAAUUUGAGAUGAUGAGUAGUAGACCCUGAGGAAAUUUGGAAAAACCUCCAGAAUAACCACUAUGUAUGAUUUUUUUAAUAAUAAAUAUUUAUACGAUU